AUGUGCUGGAAGUGGUAUGCACUGGAGACCUGUGUACAGGUGCCCUGCCAUGCACUGGAGACCUGUGUACAGGUGUGCUGCCAUGCACUGGAGACCUAUGUACAGGUGUGCUGCCAUGCACUGGAGACCUGUGUACAGGUGCCCUGCCAUGCACUGGAGACCUGUGUACAGGUGCCCUGCCAUGCACUGGAGACCUGUGUACAGGUGCGCUGCCAUGCACUGGAGACCUGUGUACAGGUGCCCUGCCAUCCACUGGAGACCUGUGUACAGGUGCACUGCCAUGCACUGGAGACCUAUGUACAGGUGUGCUGCCAUGCACUGGAGACCUGUGUACAGGUGCCCUGCCAUCCACUGGAGACCUGUGUACAGGUGCACUGCCAUGCACUGGAGACCUGUGUACAGGUGCCCUGCCAUGCACUGGAGACCUGUGUACAGGUGCCCUGCCAUGCACUGGAGACCUGUGUACAGGUGCCCUGCCAUGCACUGGAGACCUGUGUACAGGUGCGCUGCCAUGCACUGGAGACCUGUGUACAGGUGCCCUGCCAUCCACUGGAGACCUGUGUACAGGUGCACUGCCAUGCACUGGAGACCUGUGUACAGGUGCCCUGCCAUCCACUGGAGACCUGUGUACAGGUGCACUGCCAUGCACUGGAGACCUAUGUACAGGUGCACUGCCAUGCAUCUUCCCAUUUAGAAUUUAGUGACAUCACAUCCGUAGCAUAA